AUGCAAGUAAGCCCCAACGGAUGUCGCACUGUCAGGGCGAGGAAGGAGGAGUGGGAAGCAGGGAAGUUACGACCCAGAUAUGAACCGGCGAUUCCAUCAGAGCCGGAGAAACAAGGAAGCCUUCGAAGUAGUACUACUUUCCACUCGGGUCGCUCCUCCAAGUGGGAAAGGGGCAUCUCAAACGUCCCGGGACACGUGGCGGACCUCGCCAGCCUGUCCCAGGACACGUGGCGUGCCCAGCCAGCCCAUCCCCGGACACAUGUUGGACCCCGCCCAACCCGUCCCAGGAUGCGUAGCAGGCCCUGCCCGCCUGUCCCAGGACAUGUGGCGGGCCCCGCCGUCCGUCCUGGAACGUGUGGCGGGUCCCGCCCGCACAUCCCGGGAUGCGUGGCGGGCCCCGCCCGCACAUCCCGGGACACGUGGCGGGCCUCGCCUGCCCGUCCCGGGACACGUGGCGACCCCACGCCCACACAUCCCCGGGACGACGUGGCAGGCCUCGCCCGCCUGACCUGGGACACUUGGCGGGCCUCGCCCGCCUGUCCCAGGGACACGUGGUGGGCCUCGCCUGUUCCAGGGACACGUGGCGGCACCGUCCACCCUUCCCGGGACACGUGGCGGGCCUCGCACGCCCCUCCCGGGACACGUGGCUGGCCUCGCACGCCCCUCCCGGGACACGUGGCGGGCCUGCACGCCCCUCCCGGGACACGUUGGCGGGCCUCGCACGCCCCUCCCGGGACAUGUGGCGGGCCUCGCCCUCCCGUCUUGGGACACGUGGCGGGCCUCGCCUGUUCGUCCCGGGACACAUGGCGGGCCUAG